AUGUCUGUUUCUUCCACUUCUGAUAUUGAAAUAACCCUCUGGUGCACUUGGGCCCUGACUGUCACUCAUAAGGCAUGUGAAUAUACCAAAUGGAAAUUCAAUGCAGAGAAGACAGGAGGAGACCCAGUUAUACCUUCUUUGAACCUAGACACUGAUCUGGUGAUGGCUUGCGAUCAAUUAGUUGAUUGCCUGAUAAAGGCAUAUAAAAAUCCCAUUCAGAUGCAGAUUGAUGUUGCAAGAUAUAACAAAUUGAUCUCCCUAAAGGACACUGGGCAUAAUGAAGAGAGAGAGGAGAAGUUGCUUGAGAUACCCACCACAAUUCUUGAUGCAUCCAGUGCCAUCAUCGCAUGGUAUGUCCCAGACACCCUGACCGAUGCCACCCAGAAGGAAAUUUGGGCAGCCUCUGAUUUGCUUGCUCCAAUCCUCAAAAAAAGCAUAAAGCUUGAUAGCAAUUGGCAAACUAAUCAAGAGUGA